AUGAUAAACGGUAGACCUCGUAAAAAUAAAGGACCGUGUGUAAUAUGUGGUAAAGAAAAUGACAACGAAAAGUUCAGGCAGUUAACACCAAGUUUGUUUCAAAAAGCCUUAAAAAGUCCUGGAUUUCAAGAUUUAGACGUAAACCUUAAGUUAUAUGAUCAGCUUUGCGGAAGACAUUACAAUAAAUUGGUUGUAUUUGAUAGGAAUACUUCAAAAUCAAGUAGAAAACCUAUGCAUGAAGUUGAUUUAUCGUAUAAUGAAAGUGGGAAUAAAGCAAAACGGGUUUGUUUAUCACAAGAAACCUAUGAAAAUUUAUUAAAUAGUGCCUCAAGUGUACCACAACUUGAACAAGAAAUAUUAGAACUAAAGGAAAAAGUGAACGACUACAUACAAUUCUCUGAGUAUUUUAAUGAUCAAAUGGCACGAAUGACAAAAGUUCUUUAUCAAGAAGGAAAUUUUCCAAAGCUAAAUGCUGCAGAUUUUGUUAAAUUAAUUGAAAAUCAUGAUCCAAAUCUUCAAGGAUUUUUUGACACUUUAUACAAUGCAAUGAAUCCUAAAGGAAAAAAUAAGAGGACUCAGGAAUGCUUAAAACAAAAAAUUAUGCUACUUUGCUAUCAAAUGGCAGGACUACGAAAUAAACAAUCCAACAACCUUUUAAUUGCAUGUAUAGAUGAUUAUCACAAUCUCCAUGGAACCUGUAUUCCAUCGGUAAAUUCUACUUCACAAAUAUCUCAUAUGGCGACUAUUUUAUUUAAUACGACCCAAGCUCCACCUAUUCCUUAUUAUACUGAUUAUCAUUUAGCCAUUCACAAUCCCUGCGGUGUUGAUGCUUCAAUUUUAAGGAACGUUUGUCAAGAAUUUAUGCUAACAUUGGCUAAAAGUUACAAUUCAGAAAAAUCAAGUUGGAACUGGGCAUCAGACCUUGUAGUAGUAGAUGAGACAGAGAUUAUCGAAAGGUUGACAAUUCACUCAUACGAUUCUGACAUUUCUGAAAAGUAUCAACGAAAAUUUAAUCAAACAAAACUAGUGGAUUGUAUUGAAUUGGAUUUAAAAAAUACAAAAAAUUACAUACAAGCCGCUAAUACUUUUCUAAGAUUGCCGGAAACCAAGGAAUAUCUUAAAAUGUUUGUCAUUCCUUUUCCAGCAGAUUUUCCGGGUCAGCUGUUUAUAAGAAGAGCCGUUACAAAAAGAUUGAAAAUGGAAGCAGGAACUGAACCUGAACCCGAAUUGGAAUCAUCCAUUCCAAAGGAAAUUAUGCAUCUAGUUCCUUUUUUAGGUCCCCUCCACGUUUCACUUAACACACGAGAAUCGGUUAUGAUUAUAUUUCACUCUUUUUUUGAUUAUAUGUACAAAAUAGUCUUCAAUAAAAAACAAAAACUUGCAGCAAAACCUAAGCCAUGGCGCAUUAAUCUGCUAUUAUACUUGGCUCAUGAAGGCCGGUUAUUAAUUAAAAAUUGUGUAUUAAAAAGAUUUGCCAUGUCUAAAGAUAUUUCGUAUGUUACAUUUCUUGAUCUUCUAGAUAAUUUAGUGCCCUCAACCCUAGACAUAUAUUCAAACUUAUUUCGAAGCAAUUAUUUGGAAGAAUAUAUUAGUACAAUAUUUCGGUUGUGGACUAUUAUGCGACGAUUUCAGUGGCAUAAUUAUGACAAAAUUAUGCUAGCUUUUUUGUCAGAUAUUCACUAUUGGAAAAAAAUAAAUCACCCAAUAAUCCAUACCUUAAAAACGCAUUUAAAUACUUUUGAUGAAUAUCCUGUAGAGAAUUAUCAUAGCAUAUUACGUCGUCAUACAAAUGCAAAAGUAUCUACAGGCAAAUCUUUAAGGCGAGAUGCAUUAUUUCUUGAUCAUUGUCGUCAUGAAAACUUAUUUGUAAAAUCAUUUGAGCCAACACGAGAUUAUCCUUAUACCAAAAAGGAUCUUGAUAAUUUAGUAAAGCUGACGGCUAUUUUUCACUUGGAUUUUUUUGAUAACUUAUGGAAAAAUCCUGGACGCACAGAAUUAAAAAAGGAAGGAAAAAAAAUAAAAAAAGAUUUUUAUUACUUUCCUGGUAUUAAAUCACAAUUUUCCUCAAAAGCUUUGCCAUUAGGAUAUCAUUCAAAAAAAUGGCCAUCAGCUAAUAAAUUAUGUGAUCGUUUGGAAUGCACAGAUCCAUCAUGGAUUGAUGGUAUGGUGUUAAAUUGUGGACAUGGGUAUCAUGAAACAUGUUUUCGAACUUUAGGCUUAAAAUGUCCACAUUGUUUUAAAUAUCUUUCUGAUUCAAUUGAUGAAUUAUCACAAUCUUAUAACCAAAGGUUGCAAAUGGACGAAGAUAUUAAAAAAUGGGCAGAUUGUGAAAGUGAAAAUCAUGAAUCAUGA